AUGAUUCGCCGUUUACUCUCUAAGAAACCAAACAGAUACACGAUUACCGACGCUACAAAUGCUGUAAUCAUUGAGACACCAGCGAAUACUACGGAUGUAUCCGGUGCGGGUUCUCUUUGGCAAACCGCAUUGCGGCAACAUGUAUCACGCCUACCUUUGGAAGAUCAGCUAGCAAUUACGUCGACUGACGGAAGCAGUAUCAUCAACCAGCAUAGUUUAGGAAAGAUAUUCGAGCCGAUACGGACCAAGUACUCCCAGUCUUUUUUCUUUAAGUGUUUACACGCGGUCAACCCUAUCGUGAACCACAUGCGGUCAUUUGCAGUUGUAGUAGAUGUGUUGACACAGACAAGUCCUAACCCAACUUCACUCAUUUGGGGUGCCAUAAGACUCCUCCUUGAGGUUUGUCCUGAGUCAAACCCGCACAACGAUGAACAUAAUUUUAAAGUUAUGGCACAUAUUUCCUCUCGAUCUUUUCAGAUUGUUAAUGACAUAAGCCGAAUGCUUGUUGAGUUAUCAUCAACUUUGCCAUUAUUCGAACAAUGGCUAAGAUUGUUCCCUACGGCACAUUUUGCCGAGCUUUCAGAUGCUAUAACCCAAACAUUUCUUGGGUAUUUAUCAUUCCUUGUUGAUGCUAUACUUUAUUUCCGUAGAUCGGCUUUCUUGAACACCCUACACAUGACCGUUUCCUCGUCGCUAAAGGAGAAAUUUCAGGGCUAUGAGCAAGCCAUUAAAGCAACGACUGAACGCGUUGUACUUGAACUUCAUACCGCAAGCUCCAAAGCCGCUGAACGCCGCCAUCGAGAGCUUCGCGAUAUAUUAACAUCCUCCGCGAACUCGCCGCCAUACACCGAGGUGGAACCAAAGCUUCCAUAUUAUUUCCUACAAAAUGUUUUGAGGAAUGAUCGGUUCUUCGGUCGCCAAUCCACUCUCGAUGAAGUGACAGAUACUCUCACCCCAGGAUCAAAUCGCACUCGAUCCAUCGCAAUCAUCGGCCUUGGUGGUAUUGGUAAAACUCAAGUGGCCAUUGAAUACGUAUAUCGCAAUAUAGGAAGAUAUAAAAUCAUUAUAUGGCUCCAUGCGGAUUCAGGGGAGAGCUUGGAGGGCCAAUUUACGAGCAUCGCUAGGAGCGUUGGGUUUGCCACAACCAAUGAUAAUGCGAACUAUUGCCGAGAUGCCGUGCUUCACUGGCUCCGGCACACACCAGUUGAAUGGUUACUUGUGUUUGAUGCUGCUGACAAUGCGUCCAUGAUAGCCCCUUUCUGGCCUGCUGCAUCACACGGAUGCAUUUUAGUUACCAGUCGAGGCCUCCAAGCCAAAUGCGAGGAUUUGAUCAGCAGAUGGAUUCAACUCGAGCCUUUUAGCCCUAUAGAGGGCGACUCAUUUCUUAUAUCUAUUCUAGGGCAUAGCGGGUUGUCUGAUGGCGAAGAGAGGAAUAACAUUUCGGAGGUAGCAAAAAUCUUUGAUGGGCUCCCGCUAGGCCUGAAAGUCGUCGGCUCUUUUAUGAAAAGCAAAAGAAUCACAGCCAAGAAAUUCCUCACAUUGUACGCCGGGAGGCUUACAGAACUUGAACGAUCAAGCCCGCUAGAGAGCAUCUGGGAUAUAUCACUUGAAUCAAUUUCAUCUGAAGCAGCGGCUUGUUUGGAUGUUCUAGUACUCUUCGACGGGGAUGCCAUUCCAGUGGAAAUCCUUUUCAAGGGAAAGCUCUUGCCUCCAGAAAAAGAAAUUGAGCUUCACGAUGCUAUCGAAAGCCUCUCGCAGAAUUCCUUGAUCACAGUCGCCGACUCUUUCGACUAUAUAUCUAUUCAAAAAUACUUCCAGGAUUCGAUGAUACGCAGAAUACGGAUGCAGAGAGACCGUUAUAUGACAGCAUUUUCCAUUGCUGUUGACAGUCUCUGCAAGAUUCUGCCCCCCAUCUCAAAGGCAUACAUAGGCCGCAAUCCAAAGAAUUGGCCCGCUUUCGAAAAGUUCAUGCCUCAUCUCCAAUCCCUAACGAAGAAUAUUCCACCAGAUCUACCACAAGAAGCAUCUGGACUAGGGGUUGAUCUACUUUGCCGCUUUGGAUCAUUUUUCUAUGAAACCGGACAAUACCAUCUAGGAUUCGAAAACAUUCAAUUGUCUAUCCAGAUAGCUACCAACGCGUCAAAUAUCGACCCAAGGACCCUAGCUUAUGCGCAUUAUAUAUACGGGUAUUUGAAUCUCGAGUCAAACAAGCCAUCCAUUAGCGAGAAGAGCCUUUCUGAUGCGCUUGGACUUCUCGGCGAUGCAUUGGGAAAUAACCAAUUAGAGAUCCGCGAUCGCCUCUUCCUUAUUGCGAUACGAUCUUUGCUAGGGAAUUCCUUGACUGGCCAGGGGAAAUUCUGCGAGGCUGAGGAAACCCUGAAACUGGCAAUAGAGCUAUCUGAAGCAGGCGGUGAAGAAACAUCAGGGAGUCUCGGUACGCUGUAUUCCAAUCUGGGCUCUUGCCUCUUGUGGAAAGGAGACUUGGAAUCUGCCGAAGCGGUUCUGCACAGAUCACUGCUUAAACAUCGAAGGGGUCUAAAUUGUAACCUGUAUGCGCUGGGAAAUGUAUACCUCCGUCUUCAUAGACUUGAAGAGGCAUACCAAAUGCACAUUGAGGCUCUAGAAAGUUUCUCCAGGGACUUUGGUCACCGCCACCACGCAACGGCGGAUGCGUGCCAUAAAGUGGGAUCUAUCCUAGCACUAGAUGAAUUUCCGAAAAAGGAUAUGGUUGAAUCGGAGAGAUAUCUCCGCAAGGCCUUGGAAAUAUACGAGUGUUCGAUGAAUGAAGGUUGUCUUGAUAUGGGCGCUUCGAUAGCCCGUACACGUUGGAAACUGGCUUCGAUACUGAAACUAGUCCAAGGUUCAGACCACGAAGAGAUCCAACGCCUAGAGCAAAUGUCGACAACUUACGUCGUCGAAACAUUGAAGUUGAACCCUCCAGCAGACUCGCAUGAGAUGGAAGGUUUCUAUGACAGCUUGGUGUUCUUCUGGAGUCGAUAGUGGUAUGAAGGUUUAGACAGGAGAGGGGAGUUCUAGGAGCGUCAUUGGACCUUUCCUUACCUAAAAUUUCUUAUUAACGUUUCCUUACUUGGAUCUCUAUGCUAUCUAUGUAUCAGUUAUACACGGACGAUGGCGUUUCGCACACGACGACUAGUCAAGUCACUCUUUAGCAAAUGUAGGAUUUCCACUUCUCAAUACUAUUUUUC